AUGUUGCUUGUAUCGGAGGCUGAUGACGGUUGCAAUCGGUUCUACUGUCCCACAUGUCCAUAUGAAUUCAAGAUCAAUGGGUUCCAAAUGUAUGACCGGAAGAAGCUUACCAGAAAGGAAGUAGAUGAUGUUCUUGGAGGAGAAGCUGCUUGGGAGAAUGUUGACCAGACCCAAGCUCAAUGUCCUAUUGAUUCUUGUGGUAGUGAUAAGGCCUAUUUCUUCCAAUUGCAGAUCAGAUCUGCUGAUGAGCCUAUGACGACGUUUUACAAGUGUGUUAAAUGUGCUCAUAGAUGGAAGGAGAAUUAG